UCCAGCCGCACCUUUAGUCGGUUUGACCAGCCGACUGCUACGGGGUCACAGCAACCUCCAUCUUCCAAAUCUGCCGGGCCUUCUGCCUCUGCCUAUAGUUAUGGAUACGGAGCCCAGCAACCAAAUCAGGGCAAGCAAGAACAUCAGCAGCAGCCACAGUCUGCCUACGGUGGUUAUAGCAAUGCUUAUGGCUACUCUUACGGUCAGGAUUCUGGUUCCUCUGUCGCGAAUGCUUCGGACCCUAGCAAGUCGAGAUUCAAUUCCAGCUCUUCUGGAGCGGGCAAGCAAAGUGAUCCUUCUGCGGCUGUGGUAGCAGCCUAUGCAUCGUACUACGCUUCUUAUAGUGGCCAACCUGGCGCGCCCCCUGUGCCUCCUCCACCUCCACCCUCACAAGUACCUUCGCAACACCAGACGCCAUCCCAGCAACAGCAGGCUCAGCAUUCUCAGGCGCCUGUCGGAAUGGGGGCUUACAAUACAUGGCCGAGUGGCGUGAGCGCUGCCUCUGCUCCGCCUCCUAUUACUGGGCCAACUGGAAUGACACCCAAUUCGGCAGUUCAACCAAGUAAUUAUUCGGCCUAUUACCAGCAUUACCCGCCCCCUGCACCGGGUUAUCCUUCUACAGGAAUGCCACCGCCUCCGACAGGUCCGCCACCUGGAGCAACUGCGGCCCCUCCAAGCAUGUCCCAAUAUUAUGGCAUGUAUAUGUACCCUCCGGCGCAGUGA